GGGCGGCCUGACUUCGGUGACGAAGCAGACACAGAAAGACAAAGUCCAUUUGGAUGGAAGUGGGAGCUCAGUGAGAGGGGCCAUUUUGACUCUGGUGACAGGAAAUGACUGGUCUCUCGCGGUCUGGGAGCGGGGCACCCAGGGUCUAAGGAUAACUCUGGGGCCAUUAUGGUCAUGAUUCUCACAGAGAACCCUGAGAUUUCUGCACUUGAGCAAUGUCAGGUGCCACUGAACUUGUUCUGAGACCCUUGCCCUAGAGGAUGGCCAAGGGGCUCCUGGUGACCUAUGCCCUCUGGGCUGUAGGGGGCCCUGCUGGGCUCCACCACCUGUACCUGGGAAGGGACAGCCAUGCCCUGCUCUGGAUGCUUACCCUGGGUGGGGGUGGGCUGGGCUGGCUCUGGGAGUUCUGGAAGCUCCCAAGCUUUGUAGCUCAGGCCAACAGAGCCCAGGGCCAGAGACAGAGCCCAGGAGGGGUGACACCCCCUUUGAGUCCCAUUCGCUUCGCUGCCCAGAUGAUAGUUGGCAUCUAUUUUGGCCUUGUGGCUCUGAUUAGCCUUUCUUCCAUGGCCAACUUCUACACUGUGGCCCUCCCACUGGCAGUUGGCUUAGGGGUGUUGCUGGUGGCUACUGUUGGCAACCAGACCUCAGACUUUAAGAACACUCUAGGGGUGGCAUUCCUUACUUCCCCUAUCUUCUAUGGCCGCCCCAUAGCCAUCCUACCCAUCAGCUUGGCUGCCAGCAUCACAGCCCAGAAGCGUCGCCGCUACAAACCUUCAGUGAAGUCAGAGACACUCAGUGUGCGGCUCUAUCGGCUGGGCUUGGCUUACCUUGCUUUCACAGGCCCACUGGCAUACAGCACCCUCUGCAACACAGCUGCCACCCUCAGCUAUGUGGCAGAAACCCUUGGCUCCUUUUUGAAUUGGUUCAGCUUCUUCCCCCUUCUUGGCCGCCUCAUGGAGUCUGUCCUCCUUCUGCCUUACCGGAUCUGGAGGCUACUGGUGGGGGAUCCUGGCUUCAACAGCAGAUACUUCCAGGAGUGGAAGAAGCUCUAUGAGUUUGUUGACAGUUUUCAGGAUGAGAAGCGUCAGCUGGCUUACCAGGUUUUGGGCCUCUCAGAAGGGGCAACAAAUGAAGAAAUACAUCGGAGUUACCGGGAGCUGGUGAAGGUCUGGCACCCUGACCAUAACCUGCACCAGACAGAGGUGGCACAGAGGCACUUCCUGGAAAUCCAGGCUGCAUAUGAAGUCCUGAGUCAGCCCAGGAAGCCCAAGGGACCCUGAAAGUGAGAAGAAACUUCUCCCUAAGGAUGGAGUCUUCCCAGCAGAGCUGGGCAGCUUGUCUCAAGUCUAGCUGUGCCCACGAGGGGCAUUCCAGCAGCAUUAAAGAAAUUAUCUGCUUAUAGUGGAGAUGAGAAAAUCUUAAAGGGGUAAGAAAGAUUAUGGUAGAAGAAUGUAUUUAUGUUGUGAAUUUCUAAAUUCUUGGCUGUUAUAGUCUUGACUAUUUUUCUUAAAACCAGAGAGUGAAAGGCAUAUUCUAAAACCAAUAACAUAUCUUUUAGAGCAGCGGUCCCCAACCUUUUUGGCACCAGGAACCGGUUUCAUGGAAGACAAUUUUUCCACAGAUAGGGGUGGGGGUGACUUCGGUGGAGCUCUGCAGGCCGGUCCCUAACAGGCAUGGCCUGGGGGUUGGGGACCACAUUUUAGAAUA